AAUAGUAAUACUCAUUCUUCCUCGGCGGAGAUUCAGAUCUGAAACUGUUGAUCUCGCUCAUUGCAAUUAGAACCAAAAAAAGAACCAUCUCAACAUUAAUUAAUGGCGACGGUUUCCCCUCUCGCCAAAUACAAGCUCGUUUUCUUGGGCGAUCAAUCUGUUGGCAAAACCAGCAUCAUCACUCGCUUCAUGUAUGAUAAAUUCGACACAACUUACCAGGCCACAAUUGGAAUUGACUUUUUGUCCAAAACAAUGUAUCUUGAGGAUCGUACAAUUCGAUUGCAGCUUUGGGAUACUGCAGGGCAGGAGAGAUUUAGGAGUCUUAUUCCAAGCUAUAUUAGAGAUUCUUCCGUAGCAGUAAUUGCCUAUGAUGUAGCUAAUAGACAAUCAUUUUUGAACACUUCUAAGUGGAUUGAAGAGGUACGUACUGAACGAGGAACCGAUGUGAUUAUUGUCCUCGUUGGGAACAAGACUGAUCUGGUUGAUAAAAGGCAGGUUUCAAUAGAGGAAGGAGAUAACAAGGCUCGCGAAUUUGGUGUCAUGUUUAUAGAAACAAGCGCAAAAGCAGGAUUCAAUAUCAAGCCUCUAUUCCGAAAAGUUGCAGCUGCCUUACCGGGCAUGGAAACUCUUUCUUCAACAAAGCAGGAAGACAUGGUUGAUGUGAAUCUGAAGCCCACUGUCAAUUCGUCCCAGAAUGGGAACCAGCAAGGAGGGGGUUGCCCGUGUUAGGGAAUUGUACUUACCAAAACUUCAGGAAGCAAGCGUCCAAUACACAAGUGAUGAAUUAAUUUGGCUUUAACUUGAAUAUGAUUUUGGGCUUCACCACUCCAUCGGAGCACAUCACCAUUUGUUGUCAUAUUUAGGUCGCAGGUUAAUGCUUCAAAGUAAAAUAGUACACGGUAUGCACAUCUGUUAUUGCCGUUUUGUUGCCCGCGUAGGAACCAUUUAUGCUUUAUGUCCAUUAUGCCACAUUUUUAGCUCCUUUUAUGACAUUCACUGUUUUGAUGUUGAAAAUAUAGUAUUGAAAAACAA